CUUUACUUUUUCCAUUCGUCCCCGAGUCCCGUUUCUUUCAAGUCGCAGCAGCCCACGGGUUUUCGGUUUUUUCAUUCAACUUCAACCACAUCUGUCCAUCUGUUUCGAGAAUCUGCGAAAAAUGGCCUCCAUCAGUCUGCUGAACCCGAAGGCCGAGUUUGCCCGGGCCGCCCAGGCGCUGGCCGUCAACAUUGGCGCGGCCAAGGGCAUCCAGGACGUGAUGCGGACCAACCUGGGCCCGAAGGGAACGAUGAAAAUGUUGGUUUCGGGAGCCGGCGACAUCAAAAUUACCAAGGACGGAAAUGUGCUGCUGCACGAGAUGCAGAUUCAGCAUCCGACCGCGUCGUUGAUUGCUCGUGCCAGCACGACCCAGGACGAUAUGACCGGGGACGGAACGACCACGACGGUGCUGCUGAUCGGAGAGCUGUUGAAGCAGGCGGAUUUGUACAUCGGGGACGGUCUUCAUCCGCGUAUUCUGGCCGAGGGAUUCGACCAGGCUCGUCAGCAGGCGCUGCAGAUUCUGGACCAGAUGGCGGUUCCGAUCGAGGUCAACAAGCAGAAUCUGUUGCCCAUCGCGAGAACGUCGCUGAAGACGAAGGUUCAUCCGCAGUUGGCCGAACUGCUGACGGAAGUGUGCGUGGACGCCGUGCUGGCCAUCCGGACCGAGGGAAAACCCGUUGAUCUGCACAUGGUUGAGUUGAUGGAAAUGCAGCACAAAUCCGCGACCGACACUCAGCUGGUCCGCGGUAUCGUCAUGGAUCACGGUUCCCGUCAUCCGGAUAUGCCGAAGCGGCUGGAGAACGCUUACAUUCUGACGUGCAACGUUUCGAUGGAGUACGAGAAGAGCGAGGUCAACUCCGGCUUCUUCUACAAGACCGCUGAAGAGCGCGAGAAGUUUGUGCUGGCCGAGCGCGAGUUCAUCGAGCAACGUGUCCAGAAGGUCAUCGAGUUGAAGCGCAAGGUUUGCACGGCCGAGAACGGAAAGACCUUCGUCGUCAUCAACCAGAAGGGCAUCGACCCGAUGUCGCUGGACAUGCUCGCCAAGGAAGGCAUCAUGGCGCUGCGUCGUGCCAAGCGCCGUAACAUGGAACGUCUCGCGCUGGCCUGCGGUGGAAUCGCCCUCAACUCGUUCGACCAAAUGGACGAAUCUUCCCUCGGUGAGGCCGGACUCGUGUACGAGCAUGUCCUCGGCGAGAGCAAGUUCACCUUCGUGGAGGACUGCAAGAACCCACUCUCCGUAACGAUCCUCGUGAAGGGCCCCAACAAGUACACGCUCACCCAGAUCAAGGACGCCGUCCGUGACGGACUUCGCUCGAUCAACAACGCCAUCGACGACGGCAAGCUGGUCCCCGGUGCCGCAGCCUUCGAGGUGCGUUGCCACAACAAGCUAAAAGACCACGCCAAGGACGUCAAGGGCAAGACCCGUCUCGCGAUCCAAGCGUACGCCGACGCCCUGCUCGUGAUCCCGAAAGUGCUCGCGGUCAACAGCGGCUACGACGCCCAGGACACCAUCGUACGUCUCCAGGAGGAGAGCCGUCUCAGCGAGGACCCCAUCGGACUCGAUCUGUCCACCGGGGAGCCGAUGAAACCCGUCGACCUCGGCGUGUUCGACAACUACAUCGUCAAGAAGCAGAUCCUCAACUCGUGCACCGUCAUCGCCAGCAACCUGCUGCUCGUGGACGAAAUUAUGCGUGCCGGCAUGACCAGUCUUAAGGGUUAAGCACAUCUAUUUUCUUAGUUUCGUUUUUUGUGCCUAGGGCACACGUUUGAAAACACUCAACGCCUAACCAGUAAAACUACUCCUACUUUGUAACUCACUAACAUGCACACACUUGGUAUUCAUUUCUCACAUAAGGAACCUUUAAAACGAACAAUAAAGCUUGCACGCAUCGGCAUAAUGCUUCUCAAAA